AUGGGAUCAAUUUUAUCAUCAUGCUGCAUGAGAAACAAUAAUUAGGCAGCUCCUCUAUUCCACAAUGAACAUGGCCGUCUUCUUCCUGGUGACUAAAUAAGCAGAAUGAUAACUUCUAAGGAUUUCAGGGGUUUCAAAAAGGUCGAGGAUAUAAACAAGCAUUAUACCUUCUUUAAUACACUGGGUUAGGGAUCAUUCGGUAAAGUCAUGAAAGCUGAGCAUAUGAAGGCCUCAGCAGAUGUUGCUGUUAAGAUAAUUGAGAAAUCAAAAGUUAGAGAGCACAAGAUAUUAGAAGAGCUUAUGCAAAAUGAACUUAAAGUAUUAGAGGAAACUGUAAGUAUACGACUCACCCUCAUAUAAUGA